ACAAAUAUAAACGUCAAGCAAGUAUUUUCUCAACAGUGUGUAUUUAAUGUGUAUACAUCAUUGGUGGUUCAUUACCCUCGCUUUGUCAGUUUAGGUGUUUCAACUUGGAGCUGGAUGACUGAUUUCUGAACCACCAUCAUGAUCACUGUCAUCAAGGAAUAUAAUUAUUUCUUCAAGUAAAAUUACUUGUAUUAUUUCAACAUAAUUAUAAAAAAAGUUAAUAACAAAUUUUAUACAUCAAUAUAGUUAUUUUAAUUAUUUAAACUAUCAAGAUUUUGUUGUGUAUUGUGUGUGACAGAAAAAAAAAAAAAAAAAAGAAAAAAGCUUCAAUUUUUUACUGCAUUAUAAAAUACAAUAACAACAACAAAUAAUUUAAUGUCAAAUUGCAAAAAAGGUCAUACGUAAUUUUUAAUUGUAUUAGUGUAUGUGUUGUACAUAAAUAUAUGUUGUGAUAUAAAAAAUUAAAUGUGCAAAAAAUGAUAAAAUCGAGAUAAUGAGGCGUAAUGUAGUUAGUUUAUUAAAGUUCAUAUGCCUUGCAAUAUGCACUGUAUUUCUUACUGUUAUUAUAUUUCGAUAUGUAAGAGGUCCAAGACGUCUUAAAAUAAUACAACAUCAAGUUAAUAAUAAUGAACAUUAUCAACAACAACAACAAUUGUCUGAGAAACAAGAUCCAAAUGAAAAGGUCGAUUGGCAUGAUUACAAAAAAAUUGCUGAAGAAUCCAAAAGAACCGGACCUGGAGAACAUGGUAGACCAGCUUUUUUAUCAAAAAAACAAGAAUUAUACAAAGACAAGUUAUAUCAAGUUAAUGGUUUUAAUGGUGCAUUGAGUGAUGAAAUAGCACUUGAUCGUUCAAUACCAGAUAUACGACAUCCAGAUUGUCGUAAAAAAAAAUAUUUAAAAAAUUUAAAUUCAAUAUCUGUGAUAGUAUCAUUUCAUAAUGAACAUUUAAGUACAUUAUUACGUACAUGUUGGAGUGUUAUUAAUCGUUCACCACCAGAAUUAUUAAUGGAAAUAAUACUUGUUGAUGAUGCAAGUACAAAAAUUGAAUUAAAAAAUAAAUUAAAUGAUUAUAUAUUAAAAAAUUUACCAAAAGUUAAAAUAAUAAGAUUACCAAAAAGAUCAGGUUUAAUAAGAGGUAGACUUGCUGGUGCUAAAAGAGCUAAAGCUAAAAUAUUAGUAUUUCUUGAUUCCCAUACUGAAGCAAAUGUUAAUUGGUUACCACCAUUACUUGAACCAAUUGCUAAAAAUUAUAAAACUUGUGUAUGUCCAUUUAUUGAUGUUAUUGCAUUUGAAACAUUUGAAUAUCGUGCACAAGAUGAAGGUGCACGUGGUGCAUUUGAUUGGGAAUUAUAUUAUAAAAGACUUCCAUUACUACCAGAAGAUUUAAAAAAUUCAUCAAAUCCAUUUAAAUCACCAGUUAUGGCUGGUGGUUUAUUUGCAAUAUCAUCAAAAUUUUUUUGGGAACUUGGUGGUUAUGAUGUUGGUCUUGAUAUAUGGGGUGGUGAACAAUAUGAAUUAUCAUUUAAAAUAUGGCAAUGUGGUGGACAAAUGUAUGAUGCACCAUGCUCAAGAGUUGGUCAUAUUUAUAGAAAAUUUCCACCAUUUCCAAAUCCAGGACGUGGUGAUUUUCUUGGUAAAAAUUAUAAAAGAGUUGCUGAAGUAUGGAUGGAUGAAUAUGCUGAAUUUAUAUAUCGUAGAAGACCACAUUUACGUACAUUAAAUCCUGGUGAUUUAACUGAACAAAAAGCAUUAAGAAAUAAACUUAAAUGUAAAUCAUUUAAAUGGUUUAUGGAUAAUAUUGCAUUUGAUUUAGUUGAAGUAUAUCCACCAGUUGAACCAGAUGAUUUUGCAUAUGGUGAAAUACGUAAUAUUGGAGCACCAGAUUUAUGUUUAGAUGCAAAAAAAAAAAAAAAAGAUGAAACACUUGUCGUUGAUACAUGUAUACGUGAUGAUAAUAAAAUUAUUGGUUCACAAGAUUUUAGAUUAACUUGGCAUAAAGAUAUUAGAAUUAAAAGUAAAUCAGAUUGUCUUGAUGUAUCAAGUGGUAGUGCCAAAGCACCAGUAACACUUUAUCCAUGUCAUGGUAAACAAGGUAAUCAAUUAUGGCGUUAUAAUAUUGAAAAACAAUGGUUAAUGCAUGGUUAUGCACAACGUUGUCUUGAUGCUGAUCCAUCAAGUCAAAGUGUAUUUGUUACAACUUGUGAUUCUACGUCUUCCACACAAAAAUGGAGAAUACAAGAUGUUAAUAUGAAAGCCCUAAAUGACUGGGAUAAUUUGGGACCGAAAAUUCAAUAAUUCCAUAAUGAUAAAUUAAUUAUUAUUAUUAUUGCUAUUAUUAUUAAACAAUAAAAAAAUUAAUUAAUUAAAUAUCAUUAAAAAAUUUCAUAUCAUAUUACUCUGAAAGUGUUAAAAAAAAAAAAAAAAAAACAAAUUGCAAUACAACAAUUUUUUUAAAUUACAAUUAUUAACUAGUCAUUUAUAAUGAUGGCUAUAUUUGUUGUUGAGUUUUUAUAUUUUUUUUUUUUAGAUAAAUAAAGUGGCCAAGCAUAUUGUUGUCUUUUUUUUUUUAUUAAUUACUUUACUAAUGGGGAAUUUUUCGGUGCCUUAAUCAAAUUGAAAAAACGAGAUGAUUUUUUUUUUUUUUUAACGCACAAACUAGAUUUAUUUGAUUGCUCAAUUUUAAUUUUAAUUUUGUUAUUCCAAUUAAUAAUUAUAUAGUUAAAACCAAGUAUUAAAAAAUUGCAAUCAUGUUAGUAAAUAAUUAUAUUUUUCUAUGUAUUAAUCAAACGGCUCAGUAAAAAUAUAAGUAAUACUUUAUAAUAGUAUUACUUUUGAACAACAAGAAAAAAUAUAUAUAAUAAUAUUAAUGAUAAAUGUGCAAUUUUCAUUUUUUUUCUUACCUUUUGC